UCACUCACAGACAAGCGGGAGGGGCGGGGCGGAGCGGAUCUGCCAAGUGGCGCCGCUGCCGCCACUACCGUUGCCGUCGCUGAUUAACGGCCGCCCCGCCUCUGCUCCUCCGCUGCCCCCUCCCUGCCUCUGUUCCCUCCCCUGGCCGCCGUCGUUGCUUGCUGCCGCCGCUGCGAGCGCCGCCUGAACUGAAGCGAACUCCAGAGCGAACUGAAGAGGAGGAGGCGGCAGCAGGAGGAGGUGAAGGCACCACGGCGGCGGCAGCGGCGGGGCUGAGAGUCGUAAGCCUCAAGCAAACGGCAGAAGCGGGAGGGGAGGGAGGCGAGGCGGCGCGGGAGACGAGGCGGAACUGCCACCACCAGCAGCAGCGGCGGUCGGAACAACAACAACGGAAGCACCGCCGGUGGCCGGGAACAGCCUUACAGUACGCGGCGGCAGCAGCAGCAGCAGCGGGGACUCCUCGGGAAACGGCCAAGUCCGCCGCCCCUUUGCCUGCCUCCCCGCCUCCCUCCCCGCCGUGGAGACAGACCAGGGGGCAGCAGCGCCGAGGAAAGACAGCCGCGACCAACGUCUGCGUGUGCGGCGAGAGAGAGGAGGGGGAACUACCGAAGACUGCGCCGCUUUGGAGAAAGGCAUCCAGUGGGAGAGGCGACAGGAAGCGGCAGCGGUGGUGGAGGAGGUUCACUGUACAUUCGGGGUAGUGGAAGAAGACUAGGGCGCAACCCUCCGUGGUGGCGGCGGCCGAGGAGGGUUUGGGGUGGCGGUCAUCGAGUUCUCCCCUUUUAUUUUCCUCCGAGACCCGCCGCGGCGUGCUUGUGGCUUCGUUGACGAGACCCCCUUUUCCCGCUUUCUUGUUUUCCUAAGGGGGGGAAGAGGCCUCUCCCCCCCUCAACCCACAAACACACCCUGUUUUUUCCCCGCCUGGCGUGCACCCAGUGCGGUGGUUGGACGAGUGCUGGUGCGGGCGCUCGCUCGCUCUCUGUUUGGAAUAUGGUUGGGGAAAUGGAAACGAAGGAGAAGCCCAAGCCGACCCCCGAUUACCUGAUGCAGUUGAUGAACGACAAGAAGCUCAUGAGCAGCCUCCCUAACUUCUGCGGGAUAUUCAACCACCUCGAGAGGCUGCUGGACGAAGAAAUUAGCAGAGUACGGAAAGACAUGUAUAAUGACACAUUAAAUGGUAGUACGGAGAAGAGAAGUGCAGAGUUACCAGAUGCUGUGGGACCUAUUGUACAGCUACAAGAAAAACUAUAUGUGCCUGUAAAAGAAUAUCCAGAUUUCAAUUUUGUUGGAAGAAUUCUUGGGCCUAGAGGGCUAACAGCUAAACAACUUGAAGCUGAAACAGGAUGUAAGAUUAUGGUCCGAGGCAAAGGGUCUAUGAGAGACAAGAAGAAGGAAGAACAAAACAGAGGCAAGCCCAAUUGGGAACAUCUGAAUGAAGAUUUGCAUGUAUUAAUUACUGUGGAAGAUGCUCAAAAUAGAGCAGAAAUCAAAUUGAAGAGGGCUGUGGAGGAAGUAAAAAAAUUACUGGUACCUGCAGCAGAGGGAGAAGAUAGCCUUAAAAAGAUGCAGUUAAUGGAACUUGCAAUUCUGAAUGGUACCUACCGAGACGCCAAUAUCAAAUCACCCCUUGCCUUUUCUCUUGCAGCAACAGCCCAGGCUCCAAGGAUUAUCACAGGGCCUGCCCCUGUUCUCCCACCAGCUGCCCUGCGUACCCCUACGCCAGCUGGCCCUACCAUAAUGCCUUUGAUCAGACAAAUACAGACCGCUGUCAUGCCAAAUGGAACUCCUCACCCAACUGCUGCAAUAGUUCCCCAAGGACCUGAAGCUGGUUUAAUUUACACACCUUAUGAAUAUCCCUACACACUGGCACCUGCUACAUCAAUUCUUGAGUAUCCUAUUGAACCCAGUGGGGUAUUAGGUGCGGUGGCUACUAAAGUUCGAAGGCACGAUAUGCGUGUCCAUCCUUACCAAAGGAUUGUGACCGCAGACAGAGCCGCCACCGGCAACUAACCUAUGACCUUCUGACCUCUGAACUCUUCACCCAAUGAUGACCUGACCAUGCCUGCCUGCUGAUCAGUUAACUGGUAAUCGCCUUUGCUUGUCUGUCUUCAGUGCAGCGAGCUGAGGCAUUUGUCCGUUCGUCUUACCAUCUAACAAAAAGACAAAGAAUUUGUUGUCCUCCAACUCAGCUUUUUUUCCCUGUUUGGGUGAAAGUGGUUCUAGAACCUGCACUGAAUAGUAGUAAAGCAAUAAGGUCCAAUUCAUCCUUCCGCACUGAUCAUCUUUUAGUGUCCCACCCUAAAAAUGGUAAGAAGGGCCUCAUUUAAGAGAUGGAAGCAGAUGUCCCUUAACUCCCUGAUGUCAGAGGCAGUUACUGUGAGACUUCUAGGAAUCUUUCUCUUCUCAUAAAGAAGUCAAAGCUCUCUUUGAAUGUACUGUGUGAUGAUGCAUCAUGCAUGAACCUUUGGUCAGGGAUAUCAUUGGUGAAGGGAUUCCUAAAAGUAUUCAAAAUUUGACAUGCAGUGUAAUCACUACCAAUGCCCUCAAAGGGCAGAAGAUGCAGCCUUUUUUAUAUUACCUGCCAAAUUGGGUGUUUUUAAGAGAAAAAAAAGUGCCAUGAAAGAUAGGUUACUGAAUUUUUGAACCACAUCAAUGCAUUAAAAGACAGCAACCCUAUCGAAGCUAAUGCUGAGAUACAGUUCUUUUACUAUACAUCAACUUCCUUUUAAAAAUUACAUGAGUACAAGGUACAUGCAUUAUGUGUCACAUUACUGGGCAAAUUGUUCAAAUAUUUUUUAAGCCUCCCUGUAUAGAGUAAAUUCAUAAGGAUAUAAAAGCCAUGCUUGCCUAUUUGCUGUAUACAUGUAAUGAAAUUGUAGAUAAAGUGUAGUGCAUUGAAACAAAUUGAAAAAAAAGUAGAUACUUUUACUAUACAAGGGUGCUGGUGCAGAAGAAAUAUAUAUUUUUGGAAAUGUAGCAUUUUAUACUUUCAAGUGUUAUAAAAAAGAAAAAAGAACAAAGAAACCCUUUAUUUCAUUAAAUGAUUUUUUCUGGUGGUUGUCGAGAAACAAAAGACCAAAAGAGCCUUUUUGUCUUUCUUUUUUAUUUUUUAAGUAUUGGAAUAAGUAUAAAGAAAAGAAAGUGCCUUAUUUUCUUCAUGGUCAUUUAGUCAGGUGUGUCAUAUAAUCAGCUCCUCCCUAAGACAGCAAGUUAAUGCAUGCCACUCAGUCCGCCCAGUAUGUGAAAAGAAGCUGUGAGGAAAGACAAAUGAGUUGACUAUUAAAAUUACCUGGUUUUUGCCACAGCAUGAUGCAACCUUUCCAGAUCCCAAACUGUGAAAUAGAAUUGUUCCACCAACAGCCAACCGCAAUAUUUUUGUAACACGUUCCCUCUUCAAUUGUAGACAAUAUAUUUUUAUAAUACUUGCUCAGCCUUAAACCAAAGGGUUCUAUGAUGCAGUUUCAUUCUAAAUCAAAUUAUAAGAUAACAAUAGUUAUAGAGUAGCAAGUGUUUGGGUUUUUUAUUAUUAUUUAGAGAUCAGUUAUCCUUUUUUUCUGAUUGAACUAGAUGCAAGAAACUACAAGAGAACUUAAACUUGCUCCCAUAUAAUUUCAUCCAUGACUAAACCAAGCAUUAAGAUUGAGCAUGUUAUAAGUUUUGGAUGUUUUAGCUGCAAUGCCAAGUGCGUAUGGAUUUACAUAAUUUUUCAUGAAACUUCUACUUGAGGAAUGUUAACUACUGGUUGCGCUUUCCCUUAAAGGAGGAAAAUCCAGCUGUGGUUCAGUUUGAUUUUUUUUAAAGAAGUUUGUGUGGCUGAAUUAGUAUUAAUUAACACUAGUGUUUAUAAACACUUUACGCACAAAAGUGGAGUGUAAAAUUAAUGAGCAAGUAUCAACAUGGUCACGGCUUAGAAGCAAAUUGGCAAAGAUCAGGUGAUACCUUGCCCUUUACAUUGUGUCAGCUUAUUCUCCUAAAAACCUUCACAGUUUCCAAAUCAAAGGUCAAUAGUAAGUUAGAUAAAGAGGGCUUAUUUUUUAAGCAUCUGCAUGGUGACUUUAUCAACAUUAUGUCUCACCUGGAAACAAGUAUCAGUUUAUUUACUAUGCAAUAAACAUUCAUCUUUUUGUACGCAGCUAGCUUUCCUUUUAUUCUGCCACUGGCUUUGUCUUCCUGUUACAUAACAUUUUUGUUGUUGUUUUUUUAUUUGGUUUUACUUUUGGUAUAUGCUGUGCCAUUUUGAUUUUUGUUUGGUUGAAUAAACUUGCGACACUCAAACAUUUUGGAGAGAGGAUUGCUAUAACGUUACCAGUAUUUGAUCCAGUUUCAUCUCAACUGUGAUAAACCUGGACAUUUUUAGAUGCUGAUCAGAGGUCUCUUCUAGGGAGAAGUGUGACUUCUAAAAGUAAUAUUUGUUCUGGAAAAAAAGUUUUAAAACUUGGUUGAUAACAUUUUGGAUCAACUUAAAGCAUGACUUUUGAAUCUCUGAAUGCCUUGGUUCUCAGUAUUAUCAUCCUUUAUUGAAUUUUUCUUUCUUAAAAUAUGUAGUUUAAGUCUUUUUUCUGACAGUAUUAUGUAAUUUUUAGAGUGGGUAUAUGGGAGUGUCGCUUGUAUGUAACCGUACAGAUGACAUGUAUUUGUCUAUUCUUUUAUCUUAGUUUGAUGCUAUGUAUGUAACAUAACCAACCUAUUGCCUAUGAGAAACAUGUAAGAUAAUGUAUUUACAGCCAUUGUUACAAGUUUAUAAUGUAUUUUUCUAUCUUGUUUUAUAUGUAUGUUAUAUAACAUUCAGAAUAAUUUUUCCUGAUUGAGAAAAGGAUACAAAAAUGCAACACCCACAAUUUUGAUAACUGAAAAUUGCUAAUUGUUUUGCAGUACUUUAUUAUUAUAUUGGGAGUGUUGUCUUUCUUAGGCUUUUAGUUAGCUACUGGAUUGAAUACAUUAGACAUAUUUGGGUUUUAGUUGGGUUUUUACAUAGCUUGCAUUUUAAUUCUUUGGUUCUUUGCUGUUUCUAUUAACCCAUAGCAUUAUUUUAAUAAAUGUUAUAAUACCAACCUACUAACUUUGGACUAUGUCAGUUUAUUAACCACUACAUGUUUAAUUGAAUAAACAAGGAAGGACAGAAGAAUGUAAAUUAUGAGUUGGACUAACCCUGAAGAAGUGACCACAGAUAACACAUGAUUUGUUUUAUGUUGUUUGUUUGGCUGACAUUCUGCACACUACCAUUGAAUUGGCUUUGGUCAUAUUGGACUUUCACCUUAUGGGUAAGUGCCAGUAGAGUGGGGAACAAGUAGCAUAUUUGCAGGUAAUCUUCUUUUAGAGUCUUGCCACUCGCCUUUCAGCAUCUGCAUUACUAAUUCCACAAUUUCCUUUUCUAAAUUAAUCACUGUCACCUCACAGCAAAAGGGCAAAGAUACCAAUAUAUUGGUAUACAGUAUGUGCCCAAAGAAACCAGUUUGAUUCUUUGUUGAGCCUUUAUGCUAAAAAAACAUUUAGUUUGGUGUGAAUAUUCUAAUUAAAAUGACAGUUCAGCAUCUCAUCUAAACAACAUUAUUGUGUACAUUUCAAAAAUGUAUUUAAAGCAAGAAACAGACCAUUAACCUAGCAGGAUCCAUAUUUCUCCCAAUUUCAUUGUGAUCCUAAAGAUGAUUUUAGAAGCAGUCUUCAAAUGACAAGUCUCAGGUAACUGUUUCUUAAUAAACAGUUUUAAAAUUGUCGGUUCA